AUGGGAGCGUGGUCGAAACCACUCCAAUUCACCCCACCUCCAACACCUCCAGAACCUGCUACUCCUAAACUUGGUUUCACAGAAGUUGUAAAAAGCCAAAUAGCUUGUUUCUGGCCUACAAUAAAUGAGUCUAUUGUCAAGGGUCACAAGCAUACGAAAGAAAAAUUGGCGUAUCCGGUCCAAACAACCUCCCAAUUACCUAUGGAAAAAUUGCCACCUCCUGUGCUCAAGGAAGAUGGUUCCCUCCGGUUUCCAUGGGCAGCCCGAAUGAAUCAAUCAUCUAGAAAUCUUUUCCGAGCUGCUGAACCGACGUAUCGACCAGAUGGAACUCCUCAGGUGACAAUUCCUUCUAACGUCCUUAGACUAGGACCUGAGAAUAAGGAAAAAUACAUUGUAGGACAGUUCAAUAGAUGCACUAACCCGCCUGGAGGUCUUAUUCAUGCUGUCUUGAAUAGAUUGUGGGGAAGAGAAUGUAAGAUAUCUUGCCGGAAAUUGGGAGAGUCGUCUCCGGUAGACUCGCUUAAAAUCCCUGAGAUUUCAACUCUCCCAGUCUGGGUCACCCUUAAGAAUAUCCCAGAUUCUUGCUACUCAAGAUUGGGUAUCAGUCAUAUAGCAUCAGGUUUGGGAGAGCCAAUGCUUACUCAUAGGCCUCGUUUAGAUCCAACAAGUAUGGGGGAAGCUAAAAUUUUAGUGGAGAUUGAGUUAGAUAAACCAUUCCCAAAGCUAAUUGCGCUUGAUGACAAGCAAGGCAACAUCUACUUGAGGUGUCUACUACCUGCUAAGACUCUUGGAACAGCUCAUGUCACAAAAGAUACUCAGAAACCUAAUGAAGAGAUCCCAAUGGUGGAUAUAGUUAAGCUGUUGCAACAAUCCCCUGCUACCCCGGCUACCAACUUCGAUCAAAACCCAAGCUCUACUUCCACACACCAAUCGCCUGAGACUCCAAAAAGGUCUCCGCCUACUAGUAAUUCUGAGGACCCCACUGAUGGACCUUCCUCCAAUGUGCACGAGGUACAUUCUAUUCCUCGUUCUAAGUCUGAUACUACUUUACCAUCGUUAGCAGUCACUGUCGCUGCGCCAUCUGCGUUACAAAUUAUGGAGGAAACUCCAUCUCCCGUACACAUUAGAGAAGCCUCUCACACUUAUGAAACUGAGCAACAUUUUGGGGAGAGUUUUAACCAAGACUCACCUCACUCUCAAAACAGAAAUGAGGAAGGUAUGUUAUUGGUUGGAGAAACAUCUGGUUAUAACACAACUAGAGGAGGAAGACCAAUAAAACCGACUCAAAAAGUUCAAGAUAUGGAAUGGAAAACUGUUAGAGGAAGGGGUAAACGAGGUCGUCGCAGCCGAGGGAACUACUAUCACUAA